UGUGGAGAAAGCAUCUAAGAGAGAGAGGUCGAUUGAUUAUAGAGAGAUGAUAGAAUUUGACUACAGUGAGGACGAAGUGCCCUUUAUUAUUGCGCAUAGAGUUCUAGAGAACAUUAGAAAGAAGUACAUGGGGUGUCUUGAACAAUUGCGUGCAUCACCCAUUAGAUUGCCGCCAAAAAGGCAGAGUGUACCAUGCGAUGUUCAAGCCCCACAGGCUGUAGUGGAACAGGAGGCUGUUGAGCCUCCAAAACCAUCAAAAGCGGACAUUCAGGCUGCUCGUGAGAAGGAGGUCAACUGGCCCACAUUAUUAUUCGAGGAGUUCUGUAAAAUCGAAUGUGACAGGAUGCUCAACCUUCUCUGCGACGAAAAGGACGAUGGGUCUUUUCGUGUCACUCAUUCUGUCAGAGAGAGUAUUAGAAAGAGGCACAAGGAGCAUCUUGAACAAUUGUGCAUCUUGGCCAACAUUUCAACCAGCACUCUCGAGAAGAAGUGUGUUCAACAACCUGGACCAUCCCUUAAAUGGCUACCAUUAAAGAAGAGUGCGCCAUGCAAAGUUCAAGCCCCAAAGGUUGUGGUGAAACAGGAGGCUGUUAAGUUUACUGUUCUCCACACCCCCGUCUGUUCAAGACCCUUCCCUACCCAGCCAGCGGAGGAGGAGGAGAAACAAUCGGCCUACUACACCUCACCAGGUAGCAAGAUACCUUGCCUAGAUAGGCAGAGGCUGCGGAGACCAGAGGAUACCCAGCCAAAGGAGGAGAAAAAACGUUCGGCCUACCACAGUUCUACUCCAAGUAGCAAGAUACCUCGCCUAGAUAAGCAGAGAGAGCGGAGACCAGAGGGUACCCAGCCAGAGGAGGGAAAAGUUCAAGCCCCAAAGGUUGUGGUGAAACAGGAGGCUGUUAAGUUUACUGUUCUCCACACCCCCGUCUGUUCAAGACCCUUCCCUACCCAGCCAGCGGAGGAGGAGGAGAAACAAUCGGCCUACUACACCUCACCAGGUAGCAAGAUACCUUGCCUAGAUGGGCAGAAACAGCAGAGGCCAGUGGAGGCAGAGGUGGCUGCCUGCAGGAAACGGGAUGCUGAGAAGCAGCACAAAGGAGGCAAACCACUGGAACUACCAGCUCUGACCAGCGAGGAGCCCCUCGACAAGCCCAAGAAGAAACUCAGCCAGGCAUUUAGUCUGCUUCAGGAUAAGGACUGGGAAAAGGAGAUAGAGGGACUACGGCUGAUACGAGCUCUCGCAGAACACCAUUCUGAGGUUCUGCUGCCAGAGCUGCGUAUUGUUUGUAUAGCCGUCACCGACGAGGUGAAGAACUUGCACUUGGUGGUCUCUCGGGCCGCCAUGGUCACCCUGGCCCAUCUCUUUGCUCACCUGCAGAAGAACAUGGACAAGGAGUUGAAGGUUGCAGCUUCCGUGCUCCUGCACAGAUCUGGGGAGCCCAGCCUAUUUAUUAAGGAGGCAGUGGAGCUAGCCCUCAGCUACAUGGUGCAACACUGUUCACCUGGCCAAGUCCUGGAAGCUCUGCUGGCUGGAGGAUUUAGCCACAAAAACAGUGCCGUGAGGACCAGCACUUCUUUACAUCUGAUGAAGCUGGUCCAGGUAAUGGGAGCAUCGUGUGUGCUGACUGGCAGGAAACAGUUCGCCAACAGGAUUCUGCCUGCCCUCACCAAGCAGGCUUUUGACCCCAACCAGGAUGUGAGGCUCUAUUGCCGGAACGCCUUACAAACUUUGGCAAGUCACAAAGACGGUGUGAGGAUGAUAAACAAAUUUGUGUUACCCAGAGAUCAGCUAUUGAUACACAAAAUGCUUGUGAUCUAAUCAAUGAGGCUGAGGACACAAAUGGAGACUGGACAGGGGACCUGACAAAGAACUGAACAUUAGACGUGAACAAGGACAUAGACUGGACAAGACUACGCAGCAGCUCCUGGUGCAGUGGUAGCUACCGUGCACGCAGCUUCUGACGCUGUGGCAGCAGUUGCGUUUUUAUUGUCACUACUUGCGCAGGGUGUAAGAUAGGGUCCUAAGACUUCUACAGUGUUAAAAGUGUUAUUACAGGCUGUCUAAACAGGAUUUAGGCAGUCCUUAGGAAUGGGACACAUAUUUUGGCAAGCUCUUUGCUGGAAAAGACACUUUUACACUACUAAAAAUGGCAGAUAAAUAAAGAAUUUCACUU